AAACAAAACAUUUGUCAUUUCGCUAAAAAAUUAGGUUUUCAGUUACACUUCCGAUCUCCAUCAUCUGAUGUAAGCAACUCAUUUUCGAAAUCUCCACCUCCCGCCGCCACAUCUCACCGUCUCAGGUCGCCGCCGAACUGCAUCUUCCUCACCAUCUAACAUCUUUUUCAGUAUAUUUAUGUAUCGGAGUAGGAGUUUGGAAAUCGCAAUGUGUGUCAUACAGUGCUGAUUUACCAUCGUGAGAGUGAGAAAUAGAAACCGCACACGCCAAUAAUGAGCUUGCUUUCAAGAGUGAGGAAUUGUUUACCCAAUGGUUUGUUGUAUAGACAGCCUCUUUAUGCUAGCAAUGUAGGGCUUAAUUCUAUGAAAUUAAAUGUAUUUACAAGAAACCUAGGUCAAGCUGCAAGGAAAGAGGAAGAAGAGGAUAUAGAGGAAGUUGAAAUUGAUCAAAGAAGUCUCCCAACUGAUUUUGAUCCAGCAACAUUUGAUCCUAAUGACCAUCGUGGCCCUCCAUCGGAGAGAGUUUUCAGGCUUGUUGAUGAAGUGUCGUCUUUAACGCUAGCUGAAGGUGCAGAAUUGGGUCUCAUUCUGAUGAAAAAAAUGGGGAUAAAGGAAUUGCCUAAUGUGGGAUAUAUGAAACCAGGAUCUGUAAAUUUGGCUGGAAUGGGAACAAAAGCAACAACAGCAGCCAAGGAGGAACAAAAGCCGGAAAAAACUGUAUUUGAAUUGAAACUGUUGUCGUAUGAAGCAGCUUCCAAAAUUAAAGUCAUCAAGGAGGUUCGAGGUUUUACUGAUUUAGGUUUGAAGGAGGCAAAGGAUUUAGUGGAAAAAACGCCUUCUAUUAUAAAGAAAGGUGUUUCAAAGGAAGAAGGGGAGCAGAUAAUAGAGAAAUUGAAAGCCCUUGGCGCAAAUGUCGUUAUGGAAUGAAGUAUUAUAUUGUGUUUAUUAAAGAGAUUUUUCAUCUAGUAUUAAAAAAAUAUCUUAAGUAUAUGAAAUUUAGAAAAUUUCAUUUUGUUAGUUAAAGAUACUGCAAAUUUUGCUAGUAUUGUUAUCAUUUUUAGCUGCUAUAAAACAUUAUCCCUCAUUUUUCCUCCAGCUGUAAUAAAAGUAGUAUUCAUGCUUCUGAGAUUAGUUUGCAUAAAUAUGUACUACUCUAUUUUACGAGAAAA